AUGAAGGCUCUCCCCCACCAGAAUGAACUCUUCCUGCUUGCCAGUGGGGAGGGAGAGCAUUUGGCCAGCCAGAGCACGGCCACUGCCAGGAAGCACAGUGUCAUUCCAGCCUCCUGGCAGGCCCAACCUAAACUCCAGAAAAGCCGACAAAGGGACAAAGGAGUGGUUCCAGGGAAGACCUCUGGCCUGACUCGACAGCUCUGCAACCCACAGUCUUUGGCUGCUGCCCUGGGCCUGCCCUCUGCCUGUUCCUCUGUCUCAUGUGGCCAAGCCCCCCAAGCUGCCACAGCUCUGGUGGAUUUUCCCACUGCCCUCACCAUCCUGCCGAAGUGGCCAGUCCUCACGAAGUGCCAGCUACUGCUCCUGGAGUCCCUUAUGCAGCGGAAGAUUGCACACCUGAAGUGGGGCCUCCCCCAGCAGAUCCUAGAAUCCUACUUGCACUUUAACUUCUUAGCACCAUGCCCACUGCCCCUUGAGGGGGUGAGGCUCCCUGGGUUACACAAAGCCUGUGAGCUGCAGGGGCAGCAGGAAAGGCAUUGUGGGGCCCAGGGCCCCAGGCCAGGCCUUAAGUCCCCAGAGAGGUCCCAGAGCGUUCAGCGCCAAGAAAGGAAAAGCUCAAAAUCUCCUACGCAGGCCAGAGCUCUGGAGAAGCGAAGAACACACCAGACAGAGCCAAUGGGCAUUUCUAUCCAUCCUGAAAAGCCUAAGAGAGUCAGACCACCAGGGGGCCUCAGAGAACGACAGGAUGUCCAGAAAGAGGCUCCUCCUAGGGCCAAGCUCCCUGCUCCCAGGAACCCCAGGACUGCAGCAGAAUCUAGUAGCUGGUGUGGCCAAGAAAGCGUCCAAGAACCCUCCAGGGCCGCUGCUCUCCUGAGACUGGCUGGCAUUCGGUUCGCGCACGCGCAUUACCCUUCUCCCCACGCGUCCUUGUCGAGCUCUGCCAAGUGCGCCUGCGCAUGA